CAAAAUACUAACCAGUUCCACUUUUUCGUCGGUCAAAAUACACUGCACCCAUUUAUUCAUUCAUUCAUUCAUAAAUUAUUAUUAGCAUUCGCUGCACCAUUCUAUUCCGUUCCCAUUUUCCCCCAAUCACACUCAUUCCUUUCUUCAACCCCUUCAAUCUCAAUGACGUCCAUCGGCGGCUCAUCCUCCGCCGCCGCCACUCUUUCCUCCUCCGUCAAAUUCUCCCCCUGUCACCUCCUCCCGCCUUCUGAAUUUCCCAAAUCCACAUUUUCUCCCCAUCGUACCCCUCUCAAUCCCCCCAAAUGCACCCUCCGUUCUGAAAACCCCCUUCCUCAAAACGCCGUCGUUUCAAAACCUUCUCCUCUCGAAAUACUCAAAGCCUCUUCAGCUGACAGAUAUACGAAGGAGAAGAGCAGUAUCAUUGUGAUUGGACUCAACGUUCAUACAGCUCCUGUUGAAAUGCGUGAGAAGCUUGCUAUUCCAGAAGCACAGUGGCCUCAAGUUAUUCAGGAGCUUUGUGCUCUUAAUCACAUAGAAGAAGCUGCUGUUCUCAGUACGUGUAACCGAAUCGAGAUUUACCUUGUUGCUCUCUCUCAACACCGUGCUGUUAGAGAAGUCACAGAUUGGAUCUCCAAGUUAAGUGGGGUUUCAGUAUCUGAGAUUUGUAAGCAUCAGAUCUUGUUGUAUAAUAAGGAUGCAACACAGCAUCUUUUUGAAGUUGCUGCUGGUCUUGAUUCACUUGUUCUUGGGGAAGGUCAAAUUCUUUCUCAGGUUAAACAAGUUGUGAAAACUGGACAGGGAGUGCCGGGUUUUGAUAGGAAAAUCAGUGGUUUGUUUAAGCAGGCUAUUUCCGUUGGAAAACGGGUUCGAACUGAGACGAAUAUAUCAUCUGGGUCGGUUUCUGUUAGUUCAGCUGCUGUUGAGUUGGCGCUUAUGAAGAGAUCUGUGGCUUCCUUUGAUGAUGCUAGAGUUUUGGUGAUUGGGGCGGGUAAGAUGGGGAAGCUAGUGAUCAAACAUUUGGCUGCUAAAGGGUGUAGAAAAAUGGUGGUUGUUAAUAGAACUGAAGAGAGAGUUAAUGCCAUUAGGGAAGAGAUGAAGGAUGUUGACUUAGUGUUUAGACCUCUUUCUGAAAUGCUGGAAUGUGCUGCUGAGGCUGAUUUGAUCUUCACAUGUACUGCAUCUGAGUCGCCGUUGUUCUCAAAAGAGAAUGUGGAGAUGCUUCCUUCAAUCGGCGAAGGUGUGGGAAACCAACUUUACAUUGAUAUAUCUAUACCAAGGAAUGUGGAUCCGGGUGUGUCCGAACUGGAGAAUGCAAUAGUGUACAAUGUGGAUGAUCUCCGAGAAGUUGUUGAUGCUAACAAGGAGGACAGAUACCAAAAAGCUAUGGAAGCUCGAGGAAUUAUUCAGGAGGAAUUAAAUAAAUUUGAAGCGUGGAUAGACUCUCUUGAAACUGUUCCUACUAUUAAGAAAUUUAGAGCUUAUGUUGAAAGGAUUAGAGCUGCUGAGCUGGAAAAAUGUUUGUCAAAGAUGCGUGGCAACGUAUCAAAGGAACAGAAAGAAGCAAUGUAUGCCCUUAGUAUGGGUAUUGUGAACAAGCUACUUCAUGGUCCUAUGCAGCAUCUGAGAUGUGAUGGGAAUGAUAAUAAAAGUCUUAGUGAAGUUCUUGAGAACAUGCGUGCUCUUAACAGAAUGUAUGAUCUUGAGACAGAAAUAUUCUUGAUGGAAGAAAAAAUUAGAGUCAAGAUGGAAAGGGCUAAGAAGUAAACUCUUCUUGAAAUGUUUUUGAUACCGAUCCCAUGGUGGUUGCAAACCACACCAUCUUGUACAUUACAAUAGGAUCUUUCAGGCCCUUAGGAGACUCAUUCUUUUUAACUAUUUUUUUUACAUUAUACAAAGGAGAAAAAUGCAGAGUGUAGUUGAAGGUUUUUGUUCCUCUUGACAAGAAAUGGUUCUUGUAUUUUUUAUUUUUUUUUAUUGUUUAACACUGCAGUUUGCAAGUGCUGAUAUUUUAAUCUUAGUCUGAGAUGCUGUUUUCAAAUA